AUCUUGAAGGUUAGGAAAUUUAUCUUUUCAUCUACUUUGAUUGGCUAGACCUCGAUAUAAAAAUUGUAAACGCGAGUUAUAUCAACGAGUGAGAUCAAAGGUCAAUUCGGAGUUGGCACAUUACUUGACGUUAGUCUUACAGAUUCUUUUAACUUUCAAUCUUGCCCUUAUCAUUAUCGAUAAAGUGCUGCUGAUGCCUGUUGGUUACAACAGUUGAUUGAUACGACGCGUGUGCAGAAUAUUCUUGGGCAGAAAUGGCGCGUGUGCUGGUUGGCGUGAAGAGAGUAAUAGAUUAUGCAGUAAAGAUUCGCGUCAAACCAGACAAGACUGGAGUGGUCACUGACGGCAUCAAACAUUCAAUGAAUCCUUUUGAUGAGAUUGCCAUAGAGGAGGCAGUGCGAAUGAAGGAGAAGAAGAUAGCCCAGGAAGUGAUAGCGGUCAGCUGUGGACCGAGUCAGUCACAGGACACUAUCAGGACUGCACUGGCGAUGGGUGCGGAUCGUGGAAUUCAUGUCGAGAUAUCGGGUCCCGAGUAUCAGACACUGCAGCCUAUUCAUAUCUCAAAGAUACUGGCCAAGCUGGCACAACAGGAAAAAGCAGAUCUGGUGAUACUUGGCAAGCAGGCCAUAGACGAUGAUAACAAUCAAACGGCGCAGAUGACUGCUGGCGUCUUGGAUUGGCCGUCUGGAACAUUCUGCAGCAAGAUCGAAAACAAGAGUGGUGAAUUGACUAUUACACGUGAAAUCGAUGGUGGACUGGAAACGAUCAAGAUGAAGGCUCCCGCGGUCCUGAGCGCCGAUCUUCGCUUGAACGAACCACGUUACGCGACCUUGCCGAAUAUCAUGAAGGCCAAGAAGAAGCCCAUUAAGAAAAUGACUCCGAAGGAUCUUGGUGUGGACGUGACGCCGAGAAUCGAGGUACUCUCGGUGGAGGAUCCACCAGUCAGACAGGCUGGUGCUAUAAUACCGGACGUGGACACCCUGAUAACGAAACUGAAAGAAGGCGGCCACGUUUAGCCGGAAUAAGUAUAAAUUGUAAAACAGAAUCUUUGAAUCCUCUUGUUAUAUUUUGAUAAUUCUUGUCUGUAUAUAGCACAAUGUUUUUUUGUACAUCGGGAAUUGUAUAUGAUACAUCUGAAUAAAUUUGUACUGCGCAAA